UUUCGUUUUACUUCUGCCCUUAACUGUCUAUCGGUCAAAACGUCGAUUGCAGUUAGAUCGAUCACUAUUAGUGUACCGCAACAACGAUAAUGAAACUGUUAACAAUAUGCGUCUUUGUUACUAAUGAAUUUCGAUAUAUCUUCAUUACAAUUGUUCGGUGAUGAGAAAUAUCUACAUGGUAGACGAAAUUGGAAACCAUGAAAGGAAUAAAGAUUAAGAAUAUUUUUAUUAAAGCAUUACUUCUACUGGUCUCUACUGUAGAAUUUGGGGAAUCAAGUCAUUUGCUCAGCCCUAGAACAGCAACGGGGAGGUAUAUGAAUAUUCAAGACCGUGUACUACAGAGUUGCCGCGGACAUUUCAUGUGUGAAGUUUUCCCCUAUUACAGCUCGUAUGGACUUAAUUGUCUGGAUAUAAACAAAGUUUGUGAUGGUUCACGAGAUUGCCGUGAUGGACUGGAUGAACUUCCGGCAGUGUGUUCAGGUUUUAGAAGGGUUUCAGAAGGAGCUAACGGCACUUCAGCUGGUACUGGUCAGACGCGAGACAGAGUGAUCCGAAUAAUUCGAACAGAACCGGCAAAUGAUAGUACCUUGGAUGUCAUUGUUCCAACUAUGGACUUUAAUACGGAAGGAAAUGCGCAAGUGAACAGUGGUCAAACACAAGACCAGGCGCAAAGAAAUGACUUCAACACGUUAGAUGUCAACGCAAACACGUCUCCUAGUAUCCAGAACGUUGGUGUUGCUAAUUCGCUGAUGAGGGAAUUCCCAGGAGCUAGUUUAGGUUUUGACGUUGUGACGCCGCCAAACAUUUUAAGAGAACAACGCCAACGAGGUUCAAUGUUUGAUCGUCUAUCUCGAUUAAUGCGGGGCAACAAUCUUCUAGGGAACGUUUAUGACAUGCCGUUACAAAAUAGACAAACAGGUCAAAGACCCUCUGUUACAGAUUAUUAUAAUACGCCGCAGAGGAGACUACCAGACAACCGUAGUGAUAGAAACACAAAUCUAUUACCUCGUAGAUUACGUGAAAUGUAUUUCGGCUCUCAUAAUAUCAGGCAAGGUAAUAGAGCAAAUUCUGGAUUAUUUGGCCCAACAAUCGCUAGACCAUUCAUCGACAGACAGAUGGCAGUCCCUGGUUCUAGUUACGUAGAUACGCCUGUGAGCACGCCACCACCACAAACACCAGACGGGUUCGUUUAUCAGCCUGGCAAAGAGCCAUAUCUUUCACAGGAGCAACAGUUUCUUGAACAGCAGUUUUACCUCACAAACGUACUCCCAGGAUCAAAUCAGCAGCAGAAGCCAAAUGAGCCUGGGCAAGGUACUGGGCAAGGUCGCGGACUUACAGCACAAGAACAACUGGCACAACAGAUGAAGAUAGUACAUGCGAGACAAGAGCAGUUAUUGAGAGAGCAAUUCAAUGGACGUGGUGCUAAUAUUGGAACUACUGAUCCAAAUGCAGAAAGAUAUGGCUUAAUGGGACCAUUCGAUGGUGGCGUACCUUCUGUUCCGGGCGAAGUCAAACGAUUGAAUUCAAUGGAAGGUGCAGAAGCUCAAGAUGCUAUUCACAACGUGGAAGCUUUACAUUAAAUACCAUUCUUUGAACAUUUAUUACACGACUCCCGAUACAAAUAUCCGGUCCAUAUGUUUUGCUAUAUGGCCGGUCUGUAUUCAGCACAUGUUUUGCAAGGCUUAUAAGUAAAAAGUUUGGAAAUAAAACUGUGGAAAAUUAAUUUCUGAUGCCAAGUAAUAAAGCACGUUUUGAAUGGUUUGCCGGUAAACAGUCAAAACUCUUUUGACAUUGGGCUGUGGUUCUGACUUUUGACCGGCGUGCCAUUCAAUACAUGUGUAAUAUGUAGGCAAUAAGAAUAAAAUUAUAAACUUCAAGAAGGCACAUCCUUCUUUAAAUGUAUGUGUAGUUGACUGCAUCAAAGUGCAAUGUUUGAAAAAUAAUUAGAGUAUCACUUUCUGAAAAAGAGUUGCUUGAGGCGAACAUUUUUAUAUUGGGUAAAAUAUUUCGAAGAAUGGAGACAACACCGCUAAAACUUUUUUGUAAUCUUAGGUGACAAGGUAUCUAUUACAUAAUGCAAACCGUGUACUUUUUACCUUUAGACAUGGAAAAGCAUGCAUAAUUACUAGAGUGGUCAGUAAUGUGAAAAGAAAAAUAAGUAAAGAUAAGAUUACGAAAUGCCCUAGCAAAAGUGUGACAUUUUUGUAGUGAAACUUGUCAACAAACUACGGAAUCCUGUUAGGGCCAUGUCGUAUGUCGUCCGUGCGCUUUGAGGUCGACGCAAAACAAUGCGACACAACAUCGCAACAAUGUGACACGACAUAGAGACAACACGACAUGACACACGACAAUGCGACGCGACAUCGCGACAAUGUGAAGCGACGGACGACAAUAAUAUCGCAGUAUCGUGUCUCAUUGUCGCCUUUCAAAAGCGCGAUAUUUCGCGUUGUCGCGUCGCAUUGUCGUGUGACGUGUCGCACUGUCGCGUUCGCGGUCUGCAUUUUUUUUAAAACGUCAUAAUCUUGUCAAGAAGUAAUGCAUUUCUUGCAUACCAGACGGGGAUUUCCGGUAUUUUUAUCGGUGCUGGAAAAAUCCAUCUUACACCCCGGGGUGUAAGAUGACUCUCGUGCUGUAAAUGACGUAUUACGAACUACAUAUAUGUAACAAUUUACAUUUUAAUUCAUAAAAACGGAAUAAAAAUCCGAUACUUUGACAGUUCCUCGUGUUUCCUUAUAGUAUAUUUCUCGAUUCAAAAAACGUUAUUUUAUUAAAAAUUCAUAACGUUACGCUGCAACUGAUAAAACAAAACCGGAACUAAACAUUGUCAUUUGUCUUUGAACAUGACGUCUUUCCUGUUUAUGGACGUUGGUUUCCCGCGCUUUGUUUAAAUACGCAGCUAGAAGAAAUAGUUCUAAAAAGAAAACCGUCCAUUGAUUUUAUUUCUAUUUUUAUUUCUUUAAAAUGGUAUGCAAGAAAAAGAUUCUGUCACUGGUUGUAGGUGCAGAUGGGAAUAUCGGACUCUCGGGUAACUGUUUACGCGGUUACUCGGCUGGAGCCUCGUAACCGCCUAAACAGUUACCCUCGAGGCCGGAAAUUCCCAUCUGCACCUACAACCGGUGAAAGAAUCUUAUAUUCUUAUGCAAACAACUCGCGGGAGAUUGUUCCUUAUCUUAAAUGCGAUUCAACAUUUUCAAUACAUUAAAUCCUCACCAAUCCCGAAUAUCUUUUUUUAAGAUAUUUCUUGUUUCUAUGAAACAGUUAAAAGAAGAAAAAAAACCAUCAUCGUUAACAAAUGAGGUAAAAUUAAAUGCGUGCUACAUUGAAACACACUUCAAAAGUAAUGACAAUCCGGCCUGAUAAUUAUGUUGUUUGAUUAAAAGUAAAACAGUCCUGUAAACUUCCAUAAGAUACGCAGCUGCAACACUUUUUUUUUAUUACUACUUUAACAGCUAAUUUCCUCUAUAUUAACUAAAUGACAAAUAAUAAAACAAAAUUAUCUCCUCUUCCCAAAAAGUACAUAUUCUGUCUCUUUUUCAGCUUCUUUUGACUCGAAAUUAAUUUAAGUGAUGUUCCUAUAGUAAAAGUAUACAACCACGAAAAGUCAGAGACACCGACGUUUCAAAGUGCCCGUCGAGUGUGUU